ACACCGUACCAGACAAGCAGCGCAUUACCACAUUUUUGGACCAUGAUUCGACGGUGGCGAGACGCGUCAUCCGUCAUUAUUGCUGCUCGACGGAAUUUCCCAAAUUUCCAAAAACAACAAACUGCUCCAAUCGAUUAUGUUGUUUUGACAGCGCAGAGGUCUUCCAAAAGCUCUUUCCUCCCUGACGGAUAUGUCUUCCCUGGAGGUGUCAUCGAGCCCCAGAAUGACAGCAGUGAGCAGUGGAGUGAUUUGCUCAAAGAGCUCCAAUUUAGAAAUUUAAAUCUUCACCUCGAUGAUAAAACAUCAGGUGCCUUGAAUAUUUACAAAACACCAAAUAAGGAGCAGCUUCCUCGCAACAUUUCUCUACGCAUUGCCGCGAUAAGGGAGACUUUUGAGGAGUGCGGAAUUUUGCUCUGCCGAUUGCCGACUGAAGACAAAGUUUCUAAAUUCGGGCACAACCUGAUUUUGAACGAGACUGAAGUCGCAAAAUUCAAUUCUGAUUCAUCUCCCAAUAAGUUUUACGAGCUGUGUGCCCAACUCAAGUGCUUUCCCGACGUCUGGUCACUUAUCGAGGCGCGGAAUUGGCUAACACCAGCAUUUUUCAAGAAACGAUUUGACACCGUCUUCUUCAUUUGCUGCCUGGACCAGACGCCCCCAGUGCAAAUCGACCAGGGAGAAAUAUCAGACUUUAUGUGGGGAACCCCUCAAGAGUACCUAGCUCUGCACAAGGCUGGAAAGCUGAAUUUGCCUCCGCCACAGCUCUACGAGUUCAACGAAUUCACGCAGUUUGAUAGUCUGCAAGCUUUGGCGGAUGCUGCCCACAAGAGGCAUUUCUGCAGUGACUCGUGCUUCUUGCCAGUGCGCUUCUUGCUUAAGGACGGAGCUGUGAUUAUUAUGCCAGGGGAUUCUAAUUAUGUUGUUGAUCCAGACGAGAAAGAUGUCCAGAUGAAAGAUGUGACAAUAGAGGAUUUCCGGAAGCGGGCAGUCAAACAUCACCGUUUUGAAAUACUAGGGGAGGGAAGAGUCAACUUUGUCAAAAAGCUUUAAGGUGACUUUUGUAUUACUAUAUAAGACAUUACUACUGUGAUAGCUAGUAAUAAAUGCUAAUUUUUGAAAAUUUAUAUCAAUAAUAAAAAUUGUUUAUAAAGUCUUACAACACUUUUUUCACAAUAAGAGUACUACUGUAGCGUUUGCUGCUCAAGAAAUACCAUUAUUUACUUAAACACAAAUGAUGCAGUGUAUUUCCUGCACAAUUUGAGUAAACAGUCAUGAAUUGCUUCUCUGGAGCUAAUGCCGUUGAGUGUUUUGUCUCUUUUUCCCAAAACAAAACUACAAAAUAUAUGCAUGAAUCAUAUUGAAUUGAAAUUCUGGAUAUCUUUGAAGCUUGACUUCUUCAUUGCGCUGUACUAGUUUCGC